CCCAAUCUUACGUCACUCCUCCCUCUCUCUCUUCGGGACAAUAUCUUCGGCGCAGGUACGCGGCACCUUCCUCCGCAGCGCAGCUAUGGCGGACUUCUUCUUCACGGUGGCGCACUUCAACUAUGGCGCCCUAUGAUAUCGCGCGUCUCUCCCGUGUUGCAACGGCGAUGGCACUGAAAAGAACAACGCAUGGCGACUUCUCGUAUGCCACGUAUGAGGCUAACUACUUAAUGGAGGAUGCUAGCCAUGUCGAAACAUCACCCAAUGGAGUGUUUUUCGGGAUCUAUGAUGGUCAUGGUGGCCACGAGUGUUCUACAUUUAUAAGAGAACACUUGUAUCCGAACUUGCAGAUGUCGUUUUUGCAGAAUGGAGGAGUAUCAGAAGACACAAUUGCAAGAGCUUUUGCAAUCACUGAGAAGGCUUAUACCAGCAUUGUUCGAGAGUCAUUCAAGACAUGUCCCCAUCUGGCCACCGUGGGAUCCUGUGCCCUGGGUGCUAUGAUCAGUGGAAAUACACUAUACGUUGCAAACCUAGGCCACAGCCGGGCUGUCAUGGGGCGAUGCACGAUGUCAAAUGAAAUAGAGGCAAUCCCAUUAAAUGAAAAUCAUGAUCUAAGCCUCGAGGAGGUCAGACAGAGGGUUAUCCAGAAACAUCCAGAAGAUCCAGAGAUUGUCACUGAAAGGAGGGGACUGUGGCGGAUCAAGGGAAAAGUCAAGGUCUCGCAUUGUUUCGGAGAUUGUUAUUUGAAAAGCAGAGAGUUUAACAGGGAGCCUCUGUUCCCACGCUUCCGUGUGGCAGACCCUUUCCGCCCACCACUAGUUUCUUCAACACCAUCUAUCUGCGCCCAUGUCAUUUCCCCGGAGGAUGAGUUCAUUAUAUUGGGAUCAGAUGGGCUGUGGGAAUUGCUGAGCAAUGAGGAUGCAGUAAGAAUCGUCUUCAACAAUCCACGUGAGGUUGCCGGUGAGAAAUCUGUGGUUGGGGGCAGCAUUAUGAGGGCAUGCCAGCCCUUUAGCGGAGAGCAAACAUUGCUCAUAAUGGCAGCGGAAUGGCGGACCGAGGGCGAGAAUGGCGAAAACAAGAUCGCUCUCCUUCUGUCCCAUUUCACUGACCUCCUGGCUACAUGCAUUACACAACAGGAGGACAUCCACAACCUCGACGACUCACUAGCUCAAGCCCACGGCCGCCACCGGCAGCUGGAGCAGCGACCUGUCGCCGCCCCCGAUGCAAGCUUUUCCAACACCUCCGAUCGCCUCGAAGCAUUGGAGAUGGACGUGGGCUCCCUCAAGGACGGCGUGCAGUUACAGCGGACCACAACGCAACAGUUGGAACAACGGAUCUGCACUGCCGCCAACCACUCAAGUUCAGAACCGCACGAAACAGCUCCAAAGUUUGACGGACAGGAGAUCUUCUGCGACUCGACGAAGACAGAUCCGAUUCCAUGGUUCUGCAAGUUCGAGCUCACGCUACAGCUAUACUACGUCAAGGAACACAAGCACCACGAGUACUUAUACUCCCGGUCGGGGGGCGCGUGCCAGGCAUGGUUGGACAACCUCUUGUCCAAGUACGGAGUAGUAGCUGGCGACUUGCACACCAAGAUCAGUUGGGAUGAUCUGAAGGCGGCGUGGCACAAGCGGUUCCAAGUUGAGCCGCCGGAGAUCAAGGCUAUGGACAAGCUCAUGGUCUUCGAAAAAGGCAUGCUGCCGAGUACCGACUGGAUUGCCGAGUACCAACGCUUGACAUCAGUCCCAGACAUCCAGAUGGGCUUCAAAGCCAUCUGCCACUAUUUCAUCUCAAGGUCAUGUCCGACAUUAAGCAAUGCCCUGACUCAUGUCGAGGACACCUUGACGACGACGGCGGAACUCUUUGACAAGGCCGCGCAGAUUAUCAUCACGAACAAGGAGGCUAAAAACCUGCGUUCGUCUGCGGCAGGCCCGAGCAGAGACCAGCAUCGGCCAAGAGUGGUCGUGGUCGCGGCGGCAACGCCGUUUGACCAAUCUAGCGAGGCCGUGCAAGGGCAAGCAGGGAAGCUGAGAACCGCAGAGAGUGACUCGACGACACUCUCGACGCCUCCGGAACAGGUUUCUUCGCGAGUGACCGGCCUUCAUUUUGAGGCGCAUGCGGAAGUCGAUAGUCCUCCUUUUCUAUAUUCUUUUGAGGACUAUGCUGCCCGGCUCGUUCCUACGCUGGGCACUCCAGCUCAAGGACAAGACGUGUGUGCGGCAUCUUCUCCGUCCGACAGCGGCGACUUAUCGUCUUCAAGUGGUUCUUCACGGGAUUCGGCGCGCGAGUUCAACAUAGAGGUAUUGGACCUGCUCACGUCCGAGGACUUUGCAUGGCUUCCUCUCCCGACCACGGGCCGCUUGUCGGGACCGCAAUGCGCAACACUAUGCGCUAAUCUCCACACGUACUUAUCCUUCUAUGCACCACCAACUUCGCUGACGGAUGACGAAGUUGCGGUGGGGGACAUCCUUGCGUAUACUACCAAGGUGGCCCGCGAGUUUCGCACGCAGCGGUACGAUGACAACAACGCACCGCUCAUGUAUGUCCGCAUCCAGGUUGGGCAAGCGUCCUGCAGCGCUUUGCUGGAUAGCGCCGCGUCUCGCAAUUUCAUGAGCCAAUCCUUUAUGCAAAAGGCUGGCCUUGGUGCACAAGUUCGAAGGAAGGCAAACCCGACGGCGAUCAAGUUGGCGGAUGGAAAGACGCAGCAACUUCUCGACCGUUACAUCGAGGCCGUACCGGUGUAUUUCACACCUCAUGCAUGCGAACCGGUGACGUUCGGCAUUUUGGACACGGACUUCGACAUCAUUCUGGGAAUGCCUUGGCUUGCAAUUGCGGAUCACACGGUCAACUUCCACCGGCAUACUCUUAGCGUUAGCGACGCCUUCGGCGCCGAAGUGGCGAUUUCAGAAUGGGUUGCCAACUUGUCUUUGGGAGAAGAGGAGGAGGUUGCCAUGUAUAUCCCCAAGGAUGAGCAGGAGGCCGCCAUGAAAGAUUGGGAUGCAGAGGAAGAUUCCCUGAAGCGGCAAGCGAUGGAGGAUGAGAAAAAGAUAGAGUGGAGGCUCAGGAUGAUGAGGGAAAAGAAGAGGGGAGUGGAUGCGGCAAGUGAGGCGGCCAAAGAAUUAGAGCAGGUGAAGAACCUGAGAGAACAGUUGACCGCCCAGGUGGAUCUCCAACGAAAGGUGGAGGUCAUUGCCCAGAGUGUUGAGCGCUUGGCCCGGGUACAGGGAGAACAAUAUGAGUUUAGUAGAAGUCAGGAUAUGGCCGUGCGCUCGAUGCGGAUGGGAUUUCGGGAUUUUACCCGCGAACUGGUAGGCGCAGUAGGGUCCGAGGUGAACCAUCGCCUCGAGAAGACAGAACGAUUCUGCAUGGGCGCCAUUGAAGGCGUCAAGCUGACAGCUUCCAAGGAGGAAGAGGCACGUCCUCGCAGGGAGCCAGUCAAAGUCAAGUUCCUCGAUUCCUAUAGUGGAAAGAGGGAAGAGAACUUUGACAAUUGGGAGGCGAACGUAAAGACCUAUGUGCAUUUGCAACAGGUCUCCCCGGAUCAGCACGUGCUAAUUGCAAUUCAUGCGCUUAGAGAUGAGGCUGCCAGCUUCGCGAGAUCCCUAGUCCGCUCUGCUAAYUGCAAUGAUGAUGCRGUUGCCUACUCRUCGUUCACCCCCCUYGUCRAUUUCAUGAAAUUGCUGCGCGAGCGAUUUGCUGAUGUCGCUCGUAGUGUCAAGGCCUCAGAUAGGCUUCAGACAAUCCACUCUCGUAAAUGGAAGAGUGUCAGGGCACUCAAGGGCACAAUGGACGAAUUAGUGGCUGUACCUGACCACGGGGUCACAGAGACCCAAUUGGUCAGCCUCUUCUACCGAGCUAUGCCCGAAGCCUUGGGAGGGCAUUUCUUCCCGAAGAGUGAAGACCCUGCCACUACCUAUGAUUCCCUUAGCCGCGAAGUGGUGGCUUUUGAGGCAAAGUCGGUAUCAACUUCCACUUUCUGGCACAAAGACUUAGACAAAGGGAAGCAAUGGAAAGGUCGCACUAUCUCAGGGCAAGUUAAAACUAAGGAUAGUCUUGUCCUCACUCUAGAUAAAGGUAGUGUUGACGAGAUCCCCUACGAACAGAUUGAGUGUGGGUUAGAGGACGAAGACAGUGGCGCGAGUCAAGGGAGGACUUACGCUGCUGUCGCGGCUGGAGGGAGGCCGCAAGGAGAAGGAGGACGCCAAGGCCAAGGGGGACGGGCCUCAGGGAACCGUUCUCAGAGCGAUCAGGGGGUUGGCGGCAGAGGAGGAAACCGCCAAGCGGGAGGAAGAGGUCAAGGCCGGUGUCUAGAUGGCUGUCCAGAGACUGCUUGUGUUAGAGUCUCUCUAGACACCUCCCUCACAGGCGUGGCUGAAGAAUUGAAGGAGAGGAUGCCCGCCUGGGCCAAGAUGAAAAAGGAGAAUAAGGGGCAGCUUAUAUUAGUAGACACARAGAUUUUUAGAGGUCGAGUUGGCGCYKUAGUGGAUAGUGGAGCCACUCGUAGUUAUAUUAGUAGGAAGGCGCUACAGAAGCUGAAGUUGCAACUAAAAGUCCAAAGAUUAGCGGACCCCAUCGUGAGUAUCCUCGCGGACAAUCGCACCAUGCGAGUAGAAGAGUACGUAGAGGGAGUCCAGGCGUAUUUUCGCCGAGAAAAGGAUGGGAAAGUGGAGAAAGUUCUCCAUUCCCCGAAUCUCCUCGUAGAGGAUAGCCUCCCGUUUGACAUAGUCCUAGGUAUGGACUGGGGAGAGGCAGCAGGGGCCACACUCCAUUUGAGAGAGCACGAGUGUACGCUCCCUAGUCCGUCAGGCGGCGUUAAGACUGCCCGUCUGUUCCAUGUGUCAGGAGUAGACAACUCCCUGGCGCAUUGCUGCCUUAGUGCUCCUGCGUUUGCAAGGCUAGUGAAGAAGGAGCAACUAGAGGAACAUGUUUUUGUAGCCUAUGUUAGGCCAGUAACUGAGACUAAGGAAGAAAAGCCUAUAGACCCUGCUAUUGCCAAGCUGCUGGAGGAGUUUAAAGAUCUAGUUGAGCUGCCGAUAGGAGUAGUUCCGCGGCCCAUCCAGCAUCGAAUUGAGAUAGAGCCUGGCAGUAGAACGCCGAAGGGAGCCGUGUAUAGGAUGUCCCCGCGGGAGUUAGAGGAGCUGCGCAAGCAAUUAGGCGAGCUCCUCGAGAAGGGUCGGAUUAGGCCCAGUUCGUCUCCCUUUGGAGCACCUGUUCUCUUUGUUCCCAAAAAGGAGGGAGAGCUGAGAAUGUGUAUAGAUUAUAGGGGUCUGAAUGCUAUCAAGAAUGUUGAGCCACUGCCUAGGAUAGAUGAUCUUUUAGAUCGAGUGCAGGGGUGCAAGUAUUUCACGAAGAUAGAUCUAAAGUCCGGAUAUCAUCAGAUAGAGGUUCAUCCUGAUGAUCAGUACAAGACAACUUUCGGGACUAGAUACGGGCACUACGAGUUCAUCGUGAUGCCCUUUGGACUAACCAACGCGCCAGCGACUUUCCAGCGAUGUAUGAAUGAUUUGUUUAGGCCAUGGUUAGAUAGGUCUGUUGUAGUUUACUUGGAUGAUAUAAUAGUGUUUAGCAAGACCCUCCAAGAGCAUCAGGGUCAUCUCAGGCAGGUUUUGGAGAAGCUGAGAGAAGCUAACUUCAAGAUCAACGCAAAGAAGUGUGAAUGGGCAAAGACCCAAGUUUUAUACUUAGGCCACGUUUUAGACGGAGACGGCAUCAAGCCAGAAGAUAGUAAGAUUGCAGCGAUCAGGGAUUGGCCUACACCGCGUACGUUGACAGAGUUGCGAUCAUUCUUAGGCCUAGCAAAUUAUUAUAGGAAGUUCGUAAGGAACUUCUCCACUAUCGCUGCGCCCCUUCGCAGACUGCUUAGAAAAGAGACUAUCUGGAAMUGGGACAAGGACUGCACGUCUGCUAUGAAGAAGUUGAAACAAGCACUGAUAGAGUAUCUAGUCCUUAAGGUGGCCGAUCCGUCCUUACCUUUUGUCGUCACUACGGACGCUAGUCAGUACGACAUAGUUGCUGUUCUGCAGCAAGACGAUGGCAAUGGUUAUAGGCCCGUAGAGUUCAUGUCUGCUAGGAUGCCUUCAGAGAAGGUUGCGACAUACGGGAGGGAACUCUACGCUCUCAAGCAAGCGCUAGAACACUGGAAGCACUACUUGCUUGGGAGGCAUUUCAAAGUCUAUUCUGACCACGAAACGUUACGAUGGUUAAAGACGCAGGCGAAGAUGACACCUAAGCUUACUAGGUGGGUCGCAGAAAUAGACCAGUACGAUUUUGAGCUUAAGCCAGUUAAGGGUAAAUAUAAUGUAGUUGCGGACGCUCUGAGUAGGAGAGCUGACUACUUUGGAGCGAUAGUUCACUAUCUGGACAUAGGGAGAGAACUGCAGCAAAAGGUUAAAGAAGCAUAUGCGCAGGACCCUAUCUAUAGUGACCUCCUCAAGAGAGUAACGGAGGCCCCAUAGACCGAACCAGAUUACCGCACUACUGAGGGAUUGCUUUUUGAGAAGACUAACGUGUUUGACCGAUUGUGCAUUCCCAAUA